AUGUCUCAUAGAGCAGCUAAUGAGGACGAAGAAGACCAAUUUGUCAAGACAUUGCCAGAAUACCACGUGGUUGAUCCAGCAAGAGUAGAUGCAAGUGGGCAUUUUCUUUCAUAUAAUUUACACCAUCACAUCUCGAACACGAGGAAGAAGAAAGAUCUCAGCAAAAAGGAGAAUGAGGUAUAUUACAAAAUUAGCCAUGAGGAGAAGGAUCUGUUUUUUAACUUGACUGUCCAUGUGGGGUUUCUUUCCCAUAACUACGUAGUAGAAAGAAGACAUGGCAACCACACCAGUGCGAAGAUUGCAACUCGCUCAGGAGUUCCUUGUCACUUCAUUGGCACAGUGUUGCAGCCAGGUUCUGGGAGUGGGACAGCAGCGAUCAGCACUUGCAGUGGCCUGACUGGAUUUUUCCAUCUGCCCCAUGGAGACUACUUCAUUGAGCCCAUUAAAAAGCAUCCACAGAAGGAGGGAACACCCCAUCCCCAUAUUAUCUACGGGGCGAAGGUCCUUCAAAAUGCUUUAAGGAGAAGACGGGCGAUCCAAAUGGAAAAAGAACAAGCAUGUGGCUUGAAUGAUAGCCUCAGUUUUUUCCAAAAGCAGCAGCAUCGGAGGGAGAAAUGGGAACAAAAUCAUAUGGCUGACAGAAGGGUUUCUCGGCGCUCUGUCAGCAAGGAGCGAUGGGUGGAGACACUUGUGGUUGCAGACAGUAAGAUGGUUGAGUAUCAUGGAAGUGACCAUGUGGAAUCAUAUAUCCUCACUAUAAUGAAUAUGGUCACAGGGUUGUUCCACGAUCCAAGCAUUGGCAAUGCAAUUCACAUUGUGCUGGUCCGGCUCAUCCUCUUUGAGGAGGAGGAGCAAGGCUUGAAGAUAGUUCAUCAUGCUGAUAAGACGCUAGCCAGCUUCUGCAAGUGGCAGAAGAGUGUAAAUCCAAAGAGUGAAGUCAACCCUGCACACCAUGACGUGGCCGUUCUUCUAACCAGAAAGGACAUUUGUGCUGGCAUGAAUCGUCCAUGUGAAACUUUAGGUUUGUCUCAUCUGUCAGGCAUGUGUCAACCUCACCGAAGCUGUAACAUCAAUGAAGAUUCUGGCCUUCCGUUGGCUUUCACUAUUGCUCAUGAACUGGGACACAGUUUUGGUAUCCAGCACGAUGGAAAAGAGAAUGACUGUGAGCCUGUUGGAAAGCGCCCAUAUAUUAUGUCCCGACAGUUGCAGUAUGAUCCUACUCCACUCACCUGGUCACAGUGCAGCAAGGAAUACAUCACACGUUUCCUAGAUCGUGGGUGGGGAUUCUGUCUGGAUGAUAUCCCCCAAAAACAAGUUUUAAAGUCCCCAAUUAUUGCUCCUGGAGUGAUUUAUGAUGUGCAUCACCAGUGCCAGCUUCAGUAUGGUUCCAAUGCUACUUUCUGUGAAGAUGUGGACAACCUUUGCCAAACGCUCUGGUGCUCAGUGAAAGGCUCCUGCCGCUCCAAACUGGAUGCAGCUGCGGAUGGAACAAGAUGCGGAGAAAACAAGUGGUGUUUCUCUGGUGAGUGCAUUACAGUAGGCAAGACUCCUGAAGCAAUCCAUGGCGGAUGGGGUGUUUGGUCAUCCUGGUCCCAUUGCACAAGGACAUGUGGGGCAGGGAUUCAGAGCGCAGAGAGACCAUGCGACAACCCAGAACCACAGUUUGGAGGAGACUACUGCACUGGAGAAAGGAAACGCUAUCGCAUGUGUAACAUUAGCCCCUGUCGCAAAGGCUUGCCAACCUUUCGUCAGAUGCAGUGCAGUGAAUUUGAUACAGUUCCCUACCAGAAUGAAUUCUACCACUGGGUUCCCGUUUAUAACACAGCAAACCCCUGUGAGCUCCACUGUCGCCCAAUAGACGGCCAUUUUUCAGAGAAGAUGCUUGAUGCAGUUACUGAUGGUACUCCUUGCUUUGAAGGAAGGCACAGCCGAGAUACCUGUAUUAAUGGCAUGUGUAAGACUGUCGGCUGUGAUUAUGAGAUAAAUUCCAAUGCAACUGAAGACCAGUGUGGAGUUUGCCUGGGAGACGGCUCUGCUUGUCGUACAGUGAAGAUGAUGUUUAAUCAAAGUGAAGGAUUUGGAUACGUUGACAUUGGGCUAAUUCCGAAAGGUGCGAGGGGAAUCAAAGUCAUGGAAGUUGCAGAAGCAGGAAAUUUCCUUGCUGUGCGAAGCAAAGACCCAGAAAAGUACUACCUGAAUGGAGGCUUUAUCAUCCAGUGGAAUGGUGAAUACAAAGUGGCAGGCACAGUAUUUCAGUAUGAUAGAACAGGGGAUCUAGAAAAUUUGACUGCUCCAGGACCCACCAAUGAAUCAAUAUGGAUUCAGCUACUUUUUCAAGAAACUAACCCUGGAAUCAAGUAUGAAUAUACUGUGCGUAAGGAAGAAAGUCAUGAGAAUGAGAUUGGAGAGCCAGAGUAUUUUUGGCAGUAUGGAGACUGGACAGCCUGCAGCGUCACCUGUGGAAGAGGGGUGCGACGCCAGAUUGCCCACUGCGUGCGGAAGGGAAGCGGAGCAAUCAAAAACUCCUUCUGCGACCCAUCAACACAGCCAAAUGGGCGACAAAAGAAAUGCUACGAAAAGGACUGUCCGCCCAGAUGGUGGGCAGGAGAGUGGCAGAAAUGUUCAACCACGUGUGGCCCAACAGGCCAGAAGAAGCGAACAGUUCUUUGCAUCCAGACAGUGGGAUCUGACGAGCAGGCGCUGGCUGUCACAGAGUGCCAGCACCUGCUUAAACCAAAGACACAUCUGUCAUGCAACAGAGAUGUCUUGUGCCCAUCUGACUGGACAGUGAGCAACUGGACUGAGUGCACAGUUACUUGUGGUGGUGGAAUAAGGACUCGCAAUGUCACUUGUGCAAAAAAUAACAAUGAGCCAUGUGAUACUUCCAAGAGACCAAACUCUAAGGCCCUGUGUGGUCUCCAGCAAUGUCCUUCUGCUGGAAGAUUUCUGAUACCCCCACUGGCACCCAGAAGAGGAAGGAUCAUAAUCAGAAAAACAAGUACUAAUCGCAAACAGAGUCCUCCUCGCAGAAUACCCAUACCAAGCCCAAGUAGUCCAGAAAUAACUUCCAGCUAUGAUUACUUAACUGAAGAAUCUGAUGAUAUUGAUGGGUCAGUUGGAGGCAGUGAGAAACCGAUUGAUCUGCUUUACAGCACAGAACUUAAUCCUGAAAUCAGAACCAGGAGCACAACCCUAGAUACCGGCUCUCCUAUCUUUCAAAAAAGAAGCAUGACUUCUCAGCCCACCCCUGCAUCUCAUCACCAAGAACCUUCUACACUCCUCCCUGUUAACAGAGCAGCGCAAGGACUGGCAUUUCCAACAACAGCAAACUACAUCAGUCUGCAAGUUGGUGUGCCUGUUGUAGAAGUAACUACCCAAGAAGCAUCUGUUACAGUAAUGCCCACAGUGUUUACUCAUGUACCGAAAGACGAGAGCGACAACAAAACAGAAAUGAAGCUGCUUAACACCAUAACCUCCAGCACACAGUCGUCAACUCUUGAGCAUGUUAUUGGGAACCAAAGUGCAGCAUCUGAGGAGGUUUUGAUGAAUGUCACACCAAACAGCCACCUAGUAACAUUGAACAGUUUGCCUGGUGAUGCCUAUUGGAUAGUAGGCAACUGGAGUGAGUGCUCUACCACCUGUGGAAUGGGGGCUUUCUGGAGACACGUGGAGUGCAGCAGCAGGAACACAUCUCACUGCCAGCACCUGAAAAAGCCUGAUCCUGCGAGAAAAUGUUAUCUCCGCCCAUGCGCUAGCUGGAAAACAGGAAAUUGGAGCAAGUGCUCUGCUAACUGCAAUGGUGGUUUCAAGACCCGAGAUGUUCACUGCAUUGAUGUUCGUGAAAAGCGACUUCUCAGGCCUUUUCAUUGCCAAUUACUUGGAUAUAAGCCACAACUCAACACUAGCUGUAAUAUGGAGCCUUGCUUGCAGUGGCAUGUGGAGCCCUGGAAUGAGUGUUCAAGAACAUGUGGUGGUGGCCAGCAAAAGCGACAUAUCUAUUGCCCAGAAGAAGGCUACUGUGACUGGACAAAAAGACCUAAUGCCAUUGCAUCAUGUAACAGGCAACCUUGUACGCAGUGGAUUAACCAGGCAUGGGGCCCGUGCACUGUUUCUUGUGGAGGGGGCAUUCAGCAAAGAGCUGUGAAGUGCAUGAAUAUAGAAACUAAUGAAACAGAAGAUGACAGUCUGUGUGUGCAUAAACCCAAGCCCACAGUGUAUCAGAAAUGCAAUCUGCAGGAGUGCAGGAAAAGUACAGGGCUACCCUGCAGCAAAGACCAACUGUCGGUUCACUUCUGCCGGAGGCUGAAAGGCAUUGGCAAGUGCCUGCUGCCGUCAAUACAGACUCAGUGCUGCUUCACAUGUAGUCAGCCCCGGAUUCGUCACAAAGCAAGAUAUUGGGAUCAGCAAGGCCUCAAACAACAAAAUUACACUAAAUCUAGAAGAAAACCACCUCAAAACCAGGAAAACAACAACCAAGCUGCUUGGCACUAG